AUGAAGAACAAGGCCGUUGUGCCUACCGAAGAACCACCAACCAAGCGUACAAAGCUCUUUGACGAAGAUGCCAUCUCUGACGAUGAAGCCGUCAAUCUCACCAUCAACGAGGAGUUUGCAAGACGCUUCGAGCACAACAAGAAGCGCGAGGAAAAGCAAAGACUCGAGGAAAAGUACAAGGACCAAGACUCGGAAGAAGAGUCGUCUACCGACGAGGAUGAAGACGAUGCCGCAGAGCUAGCCACUGCCGAUUUGGAUAACGAAAUCUUCGCUACCCUCAAUGCCAUCAAGAAGAAGGAUCCGCGCGUCUACGAUCCGAAUGCCACAUUCUACACUCCAUUCGAUGCCGACCACGCCAAUGACAAUGCUAAGAAGGAAAAGCCGCUUUAUUUGGCCGACUACCACCGUCAAAAUCUACUCAAAGGCAACGCCCAGGUUGAUGAGGAAGAAGACGCCCCACCCCAGACAUACGCUCAAGAGCAACAAGCCCUCAAGGACGACCUCAUCAACCAGAUGCACGCUACUGCAGAUGAUCAAGGCGACGAUGAAGACGACUUUCUCGUCAGAAAGCCUGGCCAGACUCCUGCUGCCACCAGCAAUGCUGCCCGCCCUCAAAUCACUGAACGCGACAUUCAGACUGCCGACAGGGAUCCCGAGACCUUCCUUUCCAACUUUAUGCAAUCCCGUGCAUGGGUACCCGACGAGAAGUCGCGCUUCGAAGCUUUCGACUCGGAUGACUCAGAGGACGAAAGACGUGCCGAGAUGUUCGAGGAAGCCUACAACAUGCGUUUCGAGGAUCCUACCAAGGCCAAUGAAAAGCUCAUGACCUUCUCUCGUGACGUCGCAAAGCUGAGUGCUCGUAGGGAAGAGAAGAGCGGCAGAAAGAAACAGCGUGAAAAGGAACGUGAGAGGAAGGAGGCCGAGAAGCGCGAGCGCGCAGAAGAAAAGGCCAGACUCAGAAAACUCAAAAUUGAUGAGGUUGAAGAAAAGGUCAAGAAGAUCAAGGAAGCUGCUGGCCUCAAGAACCAGGCACUUGAUCUUGCCGAAUGGAAGCAAGUAUUGGAUGAAGACUUUGAUGACGAUCAAUGGGAACAGGAGAUGAAGCGUCGCUUUGGCGACAAUUACUAUGCUGAAAAGGAAGCUGAUGUUGAGGAUGGCGAGGAAGAGGAAGCAACAGAAAAGUCCAAGAAGCCUCACAAGCCCAAGUGGGACGAUGAUAUUGACAUUAACGAUCUCGUUCCCGAGUUUGACGAAAAGGCAGAAGCGGCCAAACUCAGAGCUGAAUUGGCUGGCUCGGAUGAGGAGGAGCAGGAGGAACAGGAGGCAGAGGACGAUGAGGACGAGAACAUUAUUGCUCCCGAUGGUGCCAAACGCAAGACCAAAAAGGAUCGUCUCAAGGAGGCUGCAGACAAGCGACGUGUGGCCCGCAAGGAACGCAUGGCCAUUGAAGAGCUUGUAGAUGCAGACUUGACUACUGAUCUUCCCACUUCGACCAAGACUGCUGGAUUCCGCUACCGCGAGACUUCGCCAACCUCAUUCGGCUUGACAGCCCGCGAUAUUCUUUUUGCAGACGACACUGCACUCAAUGAAUACGCUGGUCUCAAGAAGUUGGCCACUUGGCGUGAUGAGGACAAGAAGAAGAAGGAUAAGAAGAAGCUCGGCAAGAAGGCUCGUCUACGACAAUGGCGCAAGGAGACAUUUGGCAAUGAAGACGGCUUUACUGGUGGUUUCAAGGAGUUCUUGGGCGAUGCAGCCCCUGCUCAAGGCAAUGAAGACAGCCAAGGUGGAAGCAGAAAGAGAAGAGGAAAGAAGCGCAAGGCUGAAGCUUGA